UCCCCUUUUUAUAUACUCCCGACCAGCGAUAGCAGGAGGUCAUGGCUGUCGGUUCCUGCCCGCACCUCUCUGCGGGAUCAUAAAGAGUCUGGGGGCUAAGAAAAGAUGCUCUCUGGAGGUCACCCAGCCCAUCCCCUGCCCUCAAGUUCCGCGACACCUGCAGGGUCAUGCUGCGAGAGGGAGCUCCGAGGAAGCCUUUUAGACUCCCGCGCUCCAGGUGUCUCACACUCACCGCAGUGCAGAGGAUAGAGCCCCGGGCUUCUGGACGCUUGGGUUCUAGCCCCGGAUAAUUGGCAGUUUGACCUUGGGCGAAGCAGCUCGUCUCUGGGGGCUUCAGGUUCCUCUUCUACAGAACGAGGGGAAGGAGUAGACUACCUUUAAGCUCCAGUGCUAACGUUCUGCAGUUUGAAAACCUUUUCUCCGAUUCCCUUCAUACGUCUUAUGUGAGCCCCACUGCAGUCCUUCACUUCCUGUCGUCCGAGCAGAUGAAGAGCGACGAAGCUCGCCGUCCUGGCACCGGGGUGAUGAGCCCGCAGUGACGUGGAAGUGGCUUUCAAAGGGAUUCUUUCAGGAGCCACAGCUAACAAAGCCUCCCAGAGCAGGACCCGGGCACUGCAAAGCCACAGCUCUCCAGAGUGCAAGGAGGAGCCUGAGCCCCUAUCCCCUGAGCUGGAAUACAUCCCCAGAAAGAGGGGCAAGAACCCCAUGAAAGCUGUGGGACUAGCCUGGUACAGCCUGUACACCCGCACCUGGCUCGGGUACCUCUUCUACCGCCAGCAGCUGCGCAGGGCUCGGAAUCGCUACCCCAAAGGCCACUCCAGAACCCAGGCCCGCCUCUUCAACGGAGUGAAGGUGCUUCCCAUCCCCGUCCUCUCAGACAACUACAGCUACCUCAUCAUCGACACCCAGGCCCGGCUGGCUGUGGCUGUGGACCCCUCUGACCCUCAGGCCGUGCAGGCUUCCAUCGAAAAGGAGGGUGUUAAUUUGGUUGCCAUCCUCUGCACCCACAAGCACUGGGACCACAGUGGAGGGAACCGUGACCUCAGCCGGCGGCACCAGGACUGUCGGGUGUAUGGGAGCCCUCAGGACGGCAUCCCCUACCUCACCCAUCCCUUGUGUCAUCAAGAUGUGGUUAGCGUGGGACGGCUUCAGAUCCGGGCUCUGGCCACCCCUGGCCACACGCAAGGCCAUCUGGUCUACCUGCUGGACGGGGAGCCCUACAAGGGUCCCUCCUGCCUCUUCUCAGGGGACCUGCUCUUCCUCUCUGGCUGUGGACGGACCUUUGAGGGUACCGCAGAGACCAUGCUGAGCUCCCUGGACACGGUGCUGGGGCUGGAGGAUGACACUCUGCUGUGGCCUGGUCAUGAGUAUGCGGAAGAGAACCUGGGCUUUGCGGGUGUGGUGGAGCCCGAGAACCUGGCCCGGGAGAGGAAGAUGCAGUGGGUCCAGAGGCAGCGAAUGGAGCGCAAGAGCACGUGCCCGUCCACCCUGGGAGAGGAGCGCUCCUACAACCCAUUCCUGAGGACCCACUGCCUGGUGCUGCAGGAGGCUCUGGGGCCAGGCCCAGGCCCCACUGGGGAUGACGGCUACUCCCGGGCCCAGCUCCUGGAGAAGCUCCGGCAGCUGAAAGACCUGCACAAGAGCAAGUGACAGCCCCUCCCCGGCGCAGCCCACCCCGCACGGCAGGGAGGCCACCUGUCUCGUCGCCCGCACCACACCAUCCCUCUCAUCACUACCACCACCACCUCCAUCGGCGCCCACAGGGGGCAUCAGUCCCCAACACUGUCGGAGGAGGAACAAGGUGACGAGGCCAUGAGAGCCAGAGGCUGGAGGCUGGUCAAAGGCAUGGAGACCCCAGGGGGUGAGGCUGAGGGAAGGGGAGCCUUGGGACACCUCCAGACCCAGCUGGGAGGGUGCCUCCUCCCCUGUCCUGCUCCUGCCAGCGAGGACAUGGAGAGUGCCAGUCACCCCUCCCUCAGGACGCCUCACUCUCCCUGUAGCCCCUGAACCCAGGGCAGCCGGAGCCUCCAACAGGUUGAGUCCCCUUCCCCCUUCUCCCACACAGGGUUGGGAAGCACAGGCCCCCUUAGUGGCCUGAGGUGUGGUGCCUUGGAAAAGUGGUCACUCGGGGAGGUGGCUGGGCUCGGGUGUCCUGAGGCACCGGCCCUCCUCCCCACGCCUCCCCGCCUCCCAAAGGCAUUUUUCGAACAGAGCCAUUUCUGGGAAAGACGAAAGGGCUGGAAGUCUGCAUGUCUGGACAGUCUGGGCCUCAGCGCCUCCCCUACGGCCUGGAAGACGGAGGCUCCUGGUUGCCACAGACGGGACCGAGGUGACAGGCUGAGGAGACACCAGGAGCUGGGACUGCAGCCCCAUAGGCUCCCUGCAUAGCUGGCCUCUGCCCUUGCCUGGCGCCCAGAGGACUCCCCUUGCCAGGAGAGAGAGAGAGAGAGAGAGAGAGAGAGAGAGAGAGAGAGAGAGCCGUCCUCCCCGGCCAGAGCGGUCUUCUCCUGAUGGCCCUCGUCCUUAGGAACAUCUGCCUUGUUCUAACUCCUGCUUUAUCCUCGGUCCCUCUCCUCUUUUAGUUUAUAAAGACAUUCAUCUGGCCCUCAGCAGUUUGCCAAGAACACCCCAUGUCAUUUCUCGUUGAUCCCAGGCCCCAUCCUGGCUGGGGACGGGAGCAGCAAGCCGUCAGCCCUCGAGGGAGCAGCAGCCCCCAGAACCCCAGGCCUGAGCCCUACCCCCAGCUCAGCCUCUCCUCUGGGCUCUGGUCCGGGUCCCCUUGGGGCCACAGAGAGGAAGCCCAAGGUCCUGGAGCAGGCCUACCUGGGGUCAGCCGGGAGCCUUCUCUUCCUGUGUUCAAGCCUCUGGGCCUAUGCCCGCCUCUCGUGAGCCUCCGAGAUGCCCCCUGCCCUCAGUUUCCCUCCUCGCCCUGCCUCUGCCUCCCUCUCCAGCCACAGCCUCUGGUACCAGCUCUAGCAAUACCGCCAGAAUAGAGCUCCCCACCCCCCAGACCUGCAGUUUCAUGCCGCUGUGCCUUUGCUCAUGCUGUCUCUUCAGACUGGAAUGCCUUUCCCCUGCUCCUCCGGCCUUGUCUGCCUGGCAAACACCCAUUCAUUCACCUCUCACAAUCCCCCUCAAAGGCCCCCUCCUCCAGGAAGACAACCCCGUGCCCCCCCACCCUCCAGGCUACCUCUGCUCUUUGUAAAUGCUUCUCUCGUGGCACUUCUCACACUGUAUUUUACUUGUUUACAUGUUUGUCUCCCCUUCUAGACUGUGAACCCUUCAGGGCAUGGACUGUAUCUUAUGCAUCUCUGUAACUCUGCGCCUAGCACGGUGCCUGGCACGCAGUAGGCGCUCAAUAAAUCUUGAAUGAAGAAUUUAA